AUGGAAGCCGACCUCGAGAAAAGACAAAGAACCCCUUCGUUGCGGAGUGUGACACAGGAACAGCGAGAAUCUCUAGGAAUCUCGCCUUCAACGCGUCGAUCAAGAUAUGAACGAUGGACGAAGAACAUCAAGGGCUUAGAGACCCGGGGGAUCGAGCCCGUGCCUAUUGAAGAACGUUUGAAGAACACAGAGUCAACUUCUUUCCGAAUGCUGCUUACGUGGUUUAGCAUGGGUAUGGCAAUCAACAACAUCGUGACUGGAUCCUUAGGAACGUUGGUCAUGAAGCUGAGUUUCACCGAUGCUGCGCUGUGUGCGUUAUUCGGAACACUUCUGGGAGGUCUGGGAGUUGGGUAUAUGAGUACCUGGGGUCCCAUAAGCGGGAACCGCACACUUAUCGUGGCCCGGUAUUUCAUGGGAUAUUAUCCCAGUAAAAUCUGCUGUAUAUUGAAUGUGUUAACCAACUUGGGCACUGGCAUGAUGAGUGCCACAGUAGGAGGUCAGUUGCUUUCCAAGCUAUCAGGAGGAGCAGUAUCUGUCAUCGUUGGCAUAGUCAUCGUCGCGUUGGUGACUUGGGUGAUGGCUACAUUUGGCAUGAAGAUCUUCCAGUUCUAUGAAAGAUAUGCCUGGUUUCCGCAGCUGUUGAUCUUUUGCGUGCUUACUGGCUCGGCUGGGCCGCAGUUUGAUUUCCAUAGUCCUUCGACUGUUCCUUCAAAUCAGCUCAAUGCGAAGCGUCUGACAUUCUUCUCACUUUGCCUAUCCAUUCCCUUGUCGUGGAUCCCAGUAGGUGCAGAUUACCAUGUUUACUACUCUCCCGAGAUCAGGCGUUGGAAGGUAUGGACUGUGACCACGCUUGGAUUAAGCGUUUCAAUAGCCAUCACGCUUCUUCUUGGUGUUGGACUCGGCAGCGGGGUCGCAAUUACCCCAAAAUGGGCUUCUCUCUAUGACGGUACGCCAGGGAGUCUAUUAAUGGCCGGCUAUGAUCGGCUCGGCCCUCUGGGAAAGCUAUGUGCCUUCAUCAACGUUUUGACCAUUGUGUCCAACAACGCACCGAGCUCGUACUCGACAGGAUUGAACUUUCAGAUGCUCGGAAAUGUAUGGCUUCGGGUUCCACGUCCUGUAUUCACAAGUAUCAGCACUCUCAUCUACACAGCAUGUGCCAUUGGGGGCCGGAACUCUCUGUAUGAGAUCUCCAAGAAUUUCAUACCGCUCAUUGGAUACUGGGUCAUCAUCUGGUUCACCAUCGUGGUGGAACAAGAUGUCCUCUUCAAUCGAGGGCGACCUUACGACUGGUCGUUGUGGAACAAUUGGUUGAAACUCCCGGUGGGAGUUGCAGCUAGCAUAGCCUUUCUGGUCGGUUGGGUAGGAGCCAUCGUUGGCAUGGAUCAAGCCUAUUAUACAGGUCCAGUUGCCAGGGCGAUUCCGGGAGGGUGUGAUUUGGGAAUUUGGCUGGGGUUGAGCUUCACAGCCUUCGCCUUUCCGCCAUUCAGAUUGCUGGAAUUGAAAUUAAUUGGCCGUUGA